GUGUCUAUCCCAUUAUUGCUACUGUUGCAGCCUCCGAGCUUAUUACAUGGAUGAGAAGUGGAAGCUAUCAAAGAAGGAAGCUUCAGGCACCACCCAUUGUUCAAGUUCUUCAAAGUUCUCACUCCCAAGGAAUUUCUCAACAAAGAGUGUUUCUUCCAAGUCUCCCCUUCUUAGGAGUUCCUCACAGAAGAACUCUUCUUCUUCUUCUUCAUCCAAAUGUUCACUACCAAGAAGUUUUUCACAAAAGACAUCCAUUUCGCGUAAAUGUAGUACCGUGGCCAAGGAACAGAAGGCAAGAUUUUACAUUAUGAGGCGAUGUGUUGCCAUGCUUGUUUGCUGGCACAAACACGGAGAUUCUUGAACAUCAGUGGAGAUAAUGAUCAUAUAUAGAUCAGUAGGGAAUUAAGGUUCCUUUUCCUAUUCUCC